CUUACUCAGCUUCAACGCUGAGCGUGUAGUAUGUUUUAUUUGCUACACGCAGGUUAAUGAAGUGACGUGAUCCUGGAGGCAGACGGAGGCGAGAUUGUCGGAAUGGAUGUGAUGGUUUUGAAUUAAAGAACAUAAAUAAAUUAUGUUUGUGAUUAUGAUUGUUAAGCUUCCGCAAUAUUGAAAACUCCGUACUGUUUAUAUUAUGAANGAAUAUAAAUAAAUGCCCUCCCUCCAUUUCCACCAUUGAACCAAAUUUCUUAUCUGAUCACAACAUUUCAUCUCUCUGGUUUCCAGCGCUCUCAAUUCUUUAGUUCUAUUCAAACUUAAUUUAUAUUUCCACAUCGCGAUUAACUUUCCAUUUUUAGAUUUAAUUUAUAAAUUUAAGUUAGUUUCAAUAUAUUUUAUAUAUUUAUCUCUUUCUUAGCCUGGCCGAUGGCAGAAAAGAAAGAUGCACACGUCGUGGUUGAGAUCCCAGUAGAGGGUGAGAAUCAACAGAAGACAUCGUGCCUCACAGCAAUCCAACACCACCCAUUAAUGGAGAUCUCGCGAAGCCCGGGCCAUCUCUUACUCCUCAAGCUCUGGCAGAGAGAGGAGGGCAUCUUCGGCCGCAAAAUCGCGGCGAAAGAGGCCCGGAUCGACUUCCUCCGGCGCGAGAUCUUCCAGAUCUGCUGUUCCUUCUUCGUGUUCUCCGCGAUUUGCUUCACGGUACUGUCCACGGCGUACUCGGAUGAGGGCAAAUCGCCCGGCGCCUGCCGGAAAGGGUGGAUCCCUUCGGGAGCACUCACUUGCACUUCGCUAUUCGUCGCUUGUGUUGUCCAUGUUAAGAUCUGCAGGUUCUGGAAGACGUGCGGGCAGCUGCAGAGGCUGAGGAGCGACGGCCGGUGCGUGGCGAGAUGUGUUCAGGAGCUGAGGAUGAAAGGGGAGAGCUUCGAUCUGUCCAAGGAGCCGGUGUUCGCCGGGAAGAAGAUGAAGAGCUCCAGCGUGGAGAUCCGGAAAUGGAAGACGCCUCUCACCUGGUGUUCUCACUAUGCUGUGACCAUUCUCCUUGUUUGUUUUUCAGGUCUGCUCUUCACUGCCGCGGAGUUUAUGCGCAGCUGCUGAAGGGAAAUCUGGAGAAUCGUCACUCGCCCAGUGACGAUAUAAUGAAUGCAAGCAGGGCAGAGGAAGGCUGUGAAGCAAAGGUAGCUUAGAUUGCCCAAGUUUGAUGGAUCUAUAAGUGCUUUCCUGCUACAACCAAAUUUCUCUCUUAUUUUUAUGGCACGCAUCGGGUUGCGAUAUUAUCUCGCGUGGAAGAGAGGGAACUGAAUCAACUCCUUGAUGCUGCUGCCUGAAGCAACAAUGGAAACGCAAGGAAGGGGGGCUUGGCAUUACACCCAACCAAAGUGAAUGCCGAUAUGCAAUUUACCCCAAUCUGCAGAGCUCUGGUGUCCAAAUAAAUAUCUUCAAAACCUGCAGAAGUGACAUUUUCUUCCAACCAUGUCCUCAUAUUUGCAACGAGGAAGCUCCCAUCAUUCAAUAUAUUGGUUAUGGCUCAAGGUGAUGGUUUACAUUACAAACAAUGAAACAAUGAUUAGAAACCAAAGUCAUGUUGAUGAAAGGUAGACUUCUAUAGAAAGAGUUAACUAGUACUCCGUGUCU